GCUAGCCGCAGGCCGAGGGGCGGCGCGGGAGACCUGGGCGGCGACCCUGGCGGGCCGCGCAGAUGGGAUAGGCGGCGAAGAUGUUCAGCUUCGAAGGGGAUUUCAAGACGCGGCCCAAGGUGUCCCUCGGCGGCGCGAGCCGGAAGGAAGAAAAGGCUUCUCUUUUACAUCGUACUCAGGAAGAAAGAAGGAAAAGAGAGGAAGAAAGACGAAGAUUGAAAAAUGCAAUAAUUAUCCAGUCAUUUAUUCGAGGCUACAGGGACAGAAAACAGCAAUACUCCAUCCAAAGAAGCGCGUUUGACCACUGUGCUGACUCAGCACAGCACGGCGGUACCUUCUCCCUUGCCGACGGCCCGAACCUUACCCUCCUGGUAAGGCAGCUUCUGUUUUUUUACAAACAAAGUGAAGACUCUAAACGUUUGAUAUGGCUAUAUCAGAACUUAAUUAAGCACAGCUCUCUCUUUGUUAAGCAGUUGGAUGGAUCAGAGCGACUGACAUGCUUAUUUCAAAUAAAGAGGCUGAUGAGCCUCUGCUGCAGGUUGCUGCAAAGCUGUAAUGAUGACAGUUUGAAUGUUGCACUUCCCAUGCGGAUGCUGGAGGUGUUUUCAUCUGAGAAUACCUACUUGCCUGUUUUACAAGACGCUAGCUAUGUGGUGUCAGUGAUUGAACAGGUUUUGCACUACAUGAUUCACAAUGGCUAUUAUAGGUCUCUCUACUUGUUGAUUAACAGCAAGCUUCCGUCAAGUGUUGAGUAUUCUGAUGUUUCUCGAGUUCCUAUAGCAAAAAUUUUGCUGGAGAAUGUCCUCAAACCAUUGCACUUUACAUACAGCUCCUGUCCAGAAGGUUCCAGGCAGCAAGUUUUUUCAGCCUUCACAGAGGAGUUUCUGGCAGUACCUUUCACUGAUCAGAUUUUUCAUUUUGUCAUUCCGGCAUUGGCUGAUGCCCACGCUGUGUUCCCUUAUGAGCCCUUUCUGAAUGCACUAUUGUUACCGGAGAGUCGAGGUUCAAAGCAGAAUGGUGGGGCACCAUGGCUCUUCUAUUUUGUUCUAACUGUUGGCGAGAACUAUUUGGGUGCCCUCUCUGAGGAUGGCCUGCUGCUGUAUCUGCGAGUGCUCCAGACCUUCCUCUCUCAGCUUCCUGCCUCGCCCGCUGGGGCUGGCCGCCCUGAUUCCUCCAGUGACUCGGAGGAGGAGAGUGAGGAGGCUGACCAGCCCACCGGCCCUGAAGAUGGCAGGUUCUCAACCCCGUACAUAACCGAGGAGUGUCUGAGGAAGCUGGACACAAAGCAGCAGACCAAUACCCUGUUGAACCUGGUGUGGAGAGACUCGGCCAGUGAGGAGGUCUUCACCAGGAUGGCGUCCAUCUGCCACACACUGAUGGUGCAGCACCGCAUGAUGGUGCCCAGAGUCAGGCUUCUCUACAGUUUAGCCUUUAAUGCCAGGUUUUUGAGGCACCUUUGGUUUCUCAUCUCUUCCAUGACAACACGGAUGAUCACAGGGUCUAUGGUGCCGUUGCUUCAGGUGAUAUCGAGGGGCUCACCCAUGUCUUUUGAAGAUUCUAGCCGGAUCAUCCCGCUCUUUUACCUCUUCAGCUCCUUGUUCAGUCAUUCGCUGAUUUCCAUACAUGACAAUGAAUUUUUUGGUGACCCCAUAGAAGUUGUAGGUCAGAGACAAUCAUCCAUGAUGCCUUUCACCCUGGAGGAGCUGGUUGUGCUGUCCCGCUGCCUGCGUGACGCCUGCUUGGGGAUCAUCAAGCUGGCGUAUCCAGAAACAAAGCCAGAAGUGCGAGAGGAGUACGUGACCGCCUUCCAGAGCAUUGGGGUUACUACAAGCUCCGAGAUGCAGCAGUGCAUACAGAUGGAGCAGAAGCGGUGGAUUCAGCUUUUCAAGGUUAUCACCAACCUAGUGAAGAUGCUGAAGUCCAGAGACACAAGGAGAAACUUCUGUCCUCCAAACCACUGGCUGUCUGAACAAGAGGAUAUUAAAGCAGACAAGGUCACCCAGCUGUAUGUGCCUGCGUCCAGACACGUGUGGAGGUUCCGGAGAAUGGGGAGGAUCGGCCCACUGCAAUCCACUCUGGAGGUGGGUCUGGAGUCCCCACCACUGUCUGUGUCUGAGGAGCGGCAGCUGGCCAUCCUGACAGAACUGCCCUUCGUAGUUCCAUUUGAGGAGCGAGUGAAGAUCUUUCAAAGGUUGAUUUAUGCAGAUAAGCAAGAGGUUCAAGGAGAUGGUCCAUUUCUGGAUGGAAUUAAUGUCACAAUAAGAAGAAAUUAUAUUUAUGAAGAUGCUUAUGACAAACUUUCUCCAGAAAAUGAACCUGACUUGAAAAAGCGGAUCCGUGUGCACUUGCUUAAUGCCCAUGGCCUGGAUGAAGCUGGCAUCGAUGGCGGCGGCAUUUUCAGAGAGUUUUUAAACGAACUACUGAAGUCGGGAUUUAAUCCCAACCAGGGGUUCUUUAAGACUACUAAUGAAGGGCUUCUGUACCCCAACCCAGCUGCUCAGAUGCUUGUGGGAGAUUCUUUUGCUAGACAUUACUACUUCCUGGGCCGAAUGCUUGGAAAGGCCCUGUAUGAAAACAUGUUGGUGGAGCUGCCCUUCGCAGGCUUUUUCCUGUCCAAGUUGCUGGGAACUAGUGCAGAUGUGGACAUCCACCACCUGGCCUCCCUGGACCCUGAGGUCUACAGGAAUCUGUUGUUCCUCAAGAGCUAUGAGGAGGACGUGGAGGAGCUGGGGCUGAACUUCACCGUGGUGAACAAUGACCUGGGUGAGGCCCAGGUAGUUGAACUGAAGUUUGGAGGGAAAGACAUCCCUGUCACCGGGGCCAACCGCAUCGCCUACAUCCACUUGGUAGCUGACUACCGGCUGAACAAGCAGAUCCGCCCUCACUGUCUGGCUUUUCGACAGGGCCUUGCCAACGUCGUCAGCCUGGAGUGGCUCCGAAUGUUUGACCAGCAAGAGAUUCAGGUACUAAUUUCUGGUGCACAAGUUCCCAUAAGUCUGGAGGACCUAAAGUCCUUUACAAACUACUCAGGGGGCUAUUCUGCAGAUCAUCCUGUCAUUAAAAUCUUCUGGAGAGUUGUAGAAGGGUUCACAGAUGAAGAAAAGCGCAAGUUGCUCAAGUUUGUUACAAGCUGCUCUCGACCCCCUCUCCUGGGGUUCAAGGAGCUGUACCCUGCGUUCUGCAUCCACAAUGGGGGCUCUGACCUCGAGCGGCUCCCCACAGCCAGCACCUGCAUGAACCUGCUGAAGCUCCCUGAGUUUUAUGAUGAGGCCCUGCUGCGAAGCAAGCUGCUCUAUGCCAUCGAGUGUGCUGCUGGCUUUGAACUGAGCUGAGCCGAGCCGAGCCGAGCCAGCUGGAGCUGGAUCUGACCACAGCAGCCAGCACCUGCCAGACCCACAAGAGCGCCCAGGCCUUCUUCCUGCCAUUCCUCCCUUCCUGGUUUUUUAGAUGAUUUUAUUAUGGCAUGGUCACUUAUUAGAUGGACAUGUGGCUGGCUUAGUGAUUUUGCCAAGAAGAGAACACAGUUUUUAGACUAGUGGCAACUCAGUGAGAUUAACCAAAGAUGAAGCUUUGGCCUUGCUGAUCCUGUUAGACGCCCUCCUGGGUCGGUGCCCGCAUCUACUGGAAAGGGGCAGGGGCUGAGACAGCGCUCCGGGGCCACUGCUUCUCGUGUGGUUGGUUGUUUACAAGCCUGAGUGUUACAACUAAAGGCAUUUUCUUUCCUGCUGCCUUUUCCCAAAGUGGUUAAGUUUGGAAAGCAGAUAGAUAGUAUUAUCUCAUUUGUGCUUUUUAAGCCAUUCACUGGGUGGGACUCGCAUGCUUGUGUGGAGAAUCCACUGACCUGACGGCGUCAUGAGGCUUAAACACAACUGUGGGUGUGAAGUGGCCACUUCACUCAUGCUCUUUCUGUGUCUGCGUGGUGCCUGGAGCGCUUUCAGGGAGGAGGAGGGUCCCUGCAGUCCCCAAGGCAUGUGUCACCUCCAGUGAGGGCGACUGGGGAACAUGAGCCCUGUGGCUCCUAUUAAAGUCAUUUGAACCAAAGUGACCGGCUGCUUCUCUCCAUGACCCACGUGCCCUCUGGGCCCAGCUGCACUGUCCAUCAUCCUGGGCAUCUUGGAGGGCCUCAGCACCUCUGCUUCCUACUGCUGCUUUGACACGAACAUGGGCUUCCCUGGUGUAUGUCCAGAGGGGAAGAGCAUUGGGCGAGUCUCACUUAGGCACUUUAUCAGGGCCAGACUCGUUGCUGGGUGACCUCAGCCUCUGCAAACAGGAAGCCGAGAACGUCGGAGGGCAGCUGUGGUGAGGACCGGCCUGUGUGGAGCUGGUGAGGACUCCAGACUCUACUUGUGCCACGUCCAGUGUCUGUGGCUGGAGACUCUGCUGUCAUGGUUAGGUGACCAGAAUUAGCAAUAUACUUUUAAAUGUGGGAAAGCUGAAUGACACUUUUAAGACAAUGACCAUUAUCAAAACAAAAUGUAUAAUUUCUUAAUUUGAAUAAUAAAUUAAGUGUUUAAAUGCUA